AUGGCUCAACCAGUGCCAAAAUUACAACCACCAUUAAAUGAGAUCAAUCAAUUCGCACCUCAAUGUUCCCCGCCCCAGUCGGCUCCCUCCAGGCGGCGAUCCUCCCAGCAUGCCAGUACAAGCCCCCAGCGGGCCAAGCAUCUCGAGCGCAAUCGAAUCGCUGCAAACAAAUGUCGACUGAAGAAAAAGCAACAACAUCAAGAAAUUGAGAAGGUGUUGAGUAAUGAGACUGCGAAGCACGAACACCUUCAGUCCGUGGUGACCAGUCUAAAAGAAGAGGUCUGGCACCUGAAAAACACGAUAUUCGAUCAUGCACGAUGCGACGAUCCACAAAUCAACCUCCAGCUUGCCAUGAUAAGCGAACGUGCCACUCAAAUUAAUAACGCCCCUUUCCAAUGCCCAUCACCGACAUUCUCGGUCAGUACAUUCUCCGAGAAUUCGAGCCGAGAUGCCAGCCAGGAAUCUAGCCCCCUUGAAGCUAUUCCAGCGACGAUGACGGCCCCGAAAAUAAGUUAUGACGAAUACCCCGAUACUAUUUUUGAGACAUUCAUUGAAGCGGACUAG